AUGAGAGCUGAACUCCAACAGUCACGCGCGGCGUCAACAAGGCAUGACAAAUGUGUUCAGUCACCGCAGACGUGCCUGCUGUUGCGGGCAGGUUAUGCACCUCGUUCAGUGGUGGCAGACAGGUCGGAAUUUGGCAAUGAUAGCAACAGCAGGACUGUGGCUACUGUCGCGGCACAUUCAGUUGUGUGCUACGACAGUGGUGGGAUUACAGGCCGUAGUUGUGCGAAUAAAUCACACGAAACACACUCCUGUCUGGCUGACACUUCAGUGGGUCCAACGAUUCCACCACGCAUCCUAAAGCUUGAACGCUCAGUCAUCACUGUUCAAGUGACAGUUUUGCUGGUCGUUGUGGAGGCGUGGAGAUGGGACUGA